ACAAGCUGCCUGGCGCGCCUAACCAGGAAGGCGGCGGCGGCGGCGGCGGCUUCCGGGCGAGGGCCGGCCGGUUGGCGCGGCUUCCGGAGGAGGGAUGGCCGGGGAACCGCAGCCGCUGCCCCCAUCCCUUGGCGAUUCUUGGCUGCGGCGGCAGCGCCUGGGCUGCGACUUCUUCAACCGGCCGUGCGUUAGCCUGGCUAAGGCCCUGCUGGGACAGGUUCUGGUGCGGAGGCUCCCAGAUGGAAGAGAGCUGCGAGGGCAGAUCGUGGAAACCGAGGCUUACUUGGGUGGCGAUGACACUGCUUCUCACUCUCGGGGUGGGAGGCGGACGGCCAGGAACACUGCCAUGUUCAUGAAGCCCGGCACGCUCUACGUGUACCAGAUCUAUGGUAUCUACUUCUGUAUGAACAUCUCCAGUAAGGGGGAGGGGGCUGCAGUCCUCCUGCGCUCCUUAGAGCCCCUGCAGGACCUGGACACCAUGAGGCAGCUGCGUCAGGCUCAACACAAAAGCCCAGCCAAGGCCCUCAAGGACUGGCAGCUCUGCAAUGGGCCCUCCAAGCUUUGCCAGGCCCUAGCUAUCGACAAGAGCUUCGACCAGGAGGACUUGGCCUGCACCGCUGGUGUGUGGCUGGAGGCUGCCCCAAAAGCACCCCCAGAGGAUUCUGUCAUCUGUACCACUCGCAUCGGCAUCAGUGGUGACUGGGCCCAUAAGCCUUUGCGUUUCUACAUCCGAGGCAACAAGUGUGUGAUGUCGCCCUCGGAAGUAGUGCAGCAGCCUGCAAGGGAGAGGACAGGAAGCCAGAGGUGUUGCAGCGGGCCCUGGAAGUGAGCGUCUGGGGCUCGGGCCACCACCCGUAUUGCUGACUGUGGCACUGGGCAGAGCGACAAAGCUGCAGCCCCAGGAUGAAGAUGCAAAAUCCCUGCCCAGACCUCAAAAGGCCCAAGGAGUGGACAACAAAGGCACUCCCUUCUUGGAGCUGGUCUGUUUGCUCCCUCUCUUCCAUAAGCAGAGCGUCUUGUCCUCUUUCACUGCUGCUCCAGUUCUCCUCUCAGGUGGAGUCUAGAGGCAGCCAGCCUCCCCCCCACUUCCCUCAAGUUUGAACAACAAUACUGUUAGAUGCAGUAGAAGGGAAAAGGCCCAGGCCUGGUUUGAGAGAACUCAAGGGCAGGCAGGCAGGCCUAGUGUUUAGGAAGGGGAUUACAAGGGAAGG